AUGCAAAGAUCGGCUUUAUUUUAUGAUUUAUCAACGCAAUAUAAUCAUUACGCUUCUCAAACUUCUUUAGAAGAAGAUCAAUUAGCGAAUUCUAAUGGAUUUGCCAGCAGUCCUUCAUUAGAAGAUUUGGCACAAGAAGCUAAUGGGUUACCAAUGUUAUGUAUUGAACUUCCAAAUAUUUCUAUUGGAAUAAUUGGUGAUUUGUUACAGUGGUUAUUUAAUAAUACUGAAAUCAAAGCGGAUGAUAUCUUAGCUUCUACUUUGGCUUCAAAUAUUCAAUCAACUUCUGAUUUUUUUAGUUUAUUAAAUUUCAUCACUUUAUUGGAUUUAUUUGAACCUUAUUGUAGCGUAAUUGAUGAAAUUUUGGUUUGGUAUUAUUUCGGUUUAAAUGAGAAAGAAAGGAAUAUUGAAAUUUUGAAGAAUGAAUCAUUUGUUGAAGGAGUUAUUCCUGCUAGAUUCGUUAAAAGGUUGGCCGAAUCUGUCAAUGAAUUUGAGGAGAAAUUAAUUUUAUCAAGUUUCUUUAGAGGAAAGGUUCCUUCCAAAGAAACCUUUUCGGAAAGAUUUGUUGCUGAUCCCAGGAUUGUCAAUAAAGGACGUGAAAAUGAAUGGGAAGAAAUUUUCUUAAUUGAUGAUAACGUUACAACAGCUCAUCGUUCCCAAAAACAAAAACCUUCUCCUCUUGAUCUCGCGGAACCUCCUACCCCAUUGGGUUCGGCUUAUUUUUGUAUUAAUCCAAACAUCCCCUUUUCUCCAACUUUUCAACGUCGUACCCCAAAAAUCGGUAAUAAUAUAAAAUUCACUUUCUCAUCUUCCCCUUCGUCUAUCAAUGAAAAGAAUACAUUGGGAAGAGAUGAUAUAUUUGAGGAUAUACCUUUAACCGCUGGAUUAUCUGUCCCUCCAAAUACGCCAAAUUCAUCAGUUCACCCCGUCGCACCCCCAAAUACGCCAAAUCCAUCAUUUCACCCUAUCUUACUUCCAAAUACUCCCAACUCACCUUUUAAUAAUAUCGCUCCUCCGAAUUCACCAGCGACCCCAUCAUUUUUUACUCCAUUAGUUCCUCCAAACACACCAAAUGCUCCAAUCUCACCAAUUACUACAUCAUCUUAUUCAGCCGUUAAAAUUAAUAGUCUAUUAUCUCCUACAUUAAUUCCCAUUUCACCUACCUCAACACCAAUUACGGCUCCUCCAAAUACUCCAACUUCUCCAUUUAUAUUUCAAUCUAUUGGCCAAUUCGAUAAAUAA